AUUACGUGUUAUUUAAGAAGUUUCACUUUCUUUUGAUAUAUGUUAAUAUUUUUCAGUUUAAUUCUUAUUAAAUACAAAUGUUAUGUUAUACUUUCAUGAUAUUCUCACUAUUAUGUUAUUGUACUGUUAUAGAAGAAAACAAAGAAUCAGAAUCGCAAGGUAUUGAUACGGCCCUGCAACACCAAUCGAUGUCUGCUGGGAAUUCCACGAUGCCAAGGGGGAACAGCGGAUAUAAUGGGAAAACGAAUUCGAUCGUUACAUCUGCCCAAUAAAAGCGGGAACGUUUACGUUGAUUCAGCAUUCUCAUUGUUUCAUAGACGCUAACAGUUGGCGCUGUCAUCGAUGAAGAUGGCGACACGUUACACUUGAAAUUGUAAAGUUAGAUAUAAAAUAAAUAAUUUUUAUUUUAUAUUUAAAGUCGUCAAUUGUUAAUAAUGUAUUUUUUUUAUUAAAAUAGAUUUGCUCAUGAAUUUAAAAAAUUUCAAAGUAUUGAUGGGUAUUAAAAAUGUUACAAUACUCUAUUAUUUAAUAAAAUUAUUAUUAUCUCAUAAUAUUGUUAUCUCGUUGCAGAAGUUAAUCUUUAUUUCUCAAUCCUCAAUUUUCAAUAGAGUAAUUAAUCAUUACUAUGUAAUUGUUCACAGUUUUUUUUAAAUAGCAAUUAGUUUGCUUAGUUUCAAUUUUUACGCCAGUUCUUUGUUUAUAAUACGUGAUUUUAAUGUUGUUAAAUUUGUACAUAGAAAAAAUUUUUUUCAAGUAGAAACUUAUUUUGAUUAAUUGUCAAAAUGCCAGAACGAAAGAUUUUAAGGUUAUCAGAUGUCUGGCGUGUUUGCAAUAAAAUACGGGCUGCAAUUUUCCGCGUGGGAUUUAACCUGUGGGAUUAUUAUAAACCUUUAGAUCCUGAUAAAAAUUGUUUAAUUUCAGAGUCAAAGUUUAUUUCUGUGUUGGCUGGCCCACUGAAAGAUAAAAUUGGUUUAUCCGAUAAAGAAAUCUGUGAUAUAGCUGAUUAUUUUCGUGUUCAAGAUGGCAGAAUACUUUACACACAGUUUUGUACAAUUAUUCAUGAAAACGUACCAGAAUUCGAUAAAAAUAAAGCUUUAAUAACUGGAUUAGAAUGGGAAGAUCCAGAGCACGUGAAUCGGUUAAGUGCAACAGAAUAUCGAAAACUAUGCCUUAUUAUUACUCAAAUUGCAAUUUUUGUAAGCAAAAGGAGGCUGGUCUUAAGACCCUACUUUCAAGAUUAUGAAUUGAUUGCAAAGAAUGCUGGUACAGUAACAUUUGCACAUUUUGGACGGAUUUUGAAGUUCCUGGGGAUUAUCCUUGCAUGCAAUGAAUUUUCUUUACUUGUAAAAAGAUUUGCGAAAGAUGCUUAUACGAUUAACUAUGUAGCCUUCCUGCAAGCAGUUGACGAAGUUCAGUCUUAUCUGGACAACCAUGGAAUGUUAUCUCUUGGCGGAGAAUUACUAGAUCAGUUUCCUGGCCGAAUUAUCACAGCGGAACUACCGAAAUUUCCACGACCGGAAAUCGGUAAGCUGAUACCCAGCAAAGUGUUUGGGAAACAAACAGUGUUUCAUCCGGUAAUGGAGGAUCCUAAAAGUAUGAUGCCCUUAAUGGAAGUUGUUCAACGCGUCCAAAGACAUAUUUUUGAGAAUAGGAUUCGUAUUUCUGAAUUUUAUAAGAGAUUUGAUCAUUUGAACGUCGGAAAAGUGACCAUCUCACAGUUUAAAAGAGGCUUAGAUGGUCUUCAAAUUUCUACUUUGGGACGUUUGUAUCUCGCCGAACCGGAAAUUAACGCCCUCGUGACGCUUUAUAAAGAUCCAAAUGAUCCAGACCGUGUGUGUUGGCGUACAUUUGCAGACGAUAUAGAUCAAGUGUUUACCAUUAAGGAGCUCGAUAAAUUGCCAAAUUUGAGAAUCGAAUCACCGCCAAUUGAAAUAGCAGAGUUGAGUCGAAAAGGAACAACCAAUUGGCAAUGUGUGACAAAGAACACAAGAGACUUGUGCGAGGAAGCGUUACAGAAAAUCCGAUUCCGUAUAAAUGAAAGAAGAAUUUUGAUAAAACAGUUUUUCAAAGAUUAUGAUAGAAAUAACAAAGGUCACGUAUCACGAUCCCAGUUACGUCAAGUUUUAACUACUGCGACCGUUUUGCUUUCUCAAGAAGAGGAAUUUGCUUUGGAACAAAGGUACAACGAUGAAUUGGGUUUCAAUUACGUUUGGUUUUUAAAGGAGCUGGAAUCGAAACCAAUUGAAGCAUCUCUUUACGAUUCUGUUUUACAAGAGAAACAAAGAAUUAAUUCUGAGAGACCGCCUCCUGAAGCUGACGCAAAUGAAACAAAUAGUGUCCUAAUUUUAGCUAAAAUUAAAGCUAAAGUUGUACGAGAAAGAGUAAAAGUCAUCGAAUUCAUGCGUCAAUACGAUUUUCAUAAUGAAGGCGUUAUAAAAAGGUCACAGUUUUUGCAAGGACUUGACCAGCUCCGGUGUAAUUUAACUUGCAUAGAAAUAGCAACUGUAAUGAAAGUGUUCCGAUCUCCAUUAAGACCGGGAUACGUGGAUUAUGUAAGAUUCGGACAUGCUGUUGAGGAAGCUGUUGCUACGGGAGGUCUAGAACGAGCACCCCUUUUAGUGCCCGUGCAACAUAUCCCCCCGGAAGCGUCUCCUAAAACAUUCUUGAAUUUCGAAGAGAGGCAUAUGGUUACGACAGCGAUGAACAAGUUGUCCAUGGUACAGCAGCCGAACUUGGAAGAGAUAUUCAAGGAUUUCGACAAAGAAAAUAUCGGUACGGUUCCAAAGGAGUGUUUGAUCAAAGCUCUUUCUGUCAGACGAAUGUUACAAUUAAUAAGUGUCAGAGAAGUGGACGUUGUGCAUAAAUGUUUUUCCAUUGAAAGAGGUGGUCGUUUGGAAAUCAAUUAUCGGGAAUUUUUACAAGCUCUGCAUCUCAUGCGAGAAAAUAGGAAACAUAUUCCCUUUUAAAUUGUUUGCAAAUUCCAACGCAAAGUGAAAUUAAAUGUUUUAUAUCUUUCUUUUAAAGCUACGCAAGCUUUAUAUAUAAAAUUAUGAAAAAUCUUUCUGAAAUUAUUUUAGAUUUUAACUUAUA